AUGGCGGCCUUGCUGGGCUGGCCGCGCCGCGGCGGGCCCCGCCGCUGGAAGCAGCUGCUGGCGCCCCCGGCGUGGCGGCCCCUGCCCUCGGCGCCGCCGCGCCCGCACGGCGGGCGCUGCUGCGGCAGCGAGCGGUCUCGCCUCGGAGGCUGGCUGGACGUCCAGCGGCAGCUCGUGCGAGACCGCGCCCCGGCCGAGAUCACGGCGCAGGACAGGCGCGAGGCAGCCUCAGAGGCAUUCCUGAAGAUGAUCGCCGGCAUGGAUCUGGACGCUCGGGGCGGCAGUGCCGUGUUCGUGGAGCCGGCGCAGCUGCAGGAGAUCCUGGAGGACGCCGCGAUGUGCCCGGCGUUCUCGGCCGAGCUGUGCAUGCCUGGCGGUCCGUUUGAGAGGGUCCUGUGCAGCGAGGAAGCGUUUUUUGGCUGCGUGAGGCGGCAGCAGUUUUUCAGGAACCAGCUGAUGCGCCUCUUCCUGGAGAAGUUCUUGAUUAUCCGCCAGUCCCUCAGCUCUCUGUUUGAGGAGGAUUGGGCCGCGGAUGCCGAUGUAGUGGAGGGAGUGUUCGGAGAUGAUUUGUCCCUGGACGGACGAGACCGGCUCGAGGCUGCAUUUAUCUUCGACAGUGGGGAAGCGCCACAGGCCGCGAGCUUCCUCUCCCGUGACCUCUUUUUCGUGCGAGGAUGUGUGAAGCCUGCAGACGCACAGGGGGACGCUGAGGGAGGUCAGACGCCUUCCUCCGACUGGCUCCUCGGCACCGCGCGGAGGGUCGUUCACACCCAGGACUCCCGCGUCAGCCUGAUCCUGCUGAGGCUCCACCACAUCGGGCCCACGCAGGGCUUCGUGCCAGUGAGCGGCGAAGCCGCACAGCUGGUCCACGUCGGGUUCAUCCCCUCCGUCUUCUACCGCCAGCUGGACGCGGUGCGGGACCUCUGCGAGGGCCACGAGCGCUUCACGGGGAUGGUCCAGGGCAUUUUCUUUCCGGGCGGCGGGCCCCAGGGCCAGCGCGGUGCCGCGGCGGGCGCGGGAGAGGAAGAGGCCCGGCAGCCGGCCGAGCGCCCUGCGGGCGACGGCCCCGCGGGCGAGGCCGGCCUGCCGGGCCACCUCAACGAGCAGCAGCGGGCGGCAGCGGCGGAGGCGCUCGGCAGCGCGCCGGUCACGCUGGUGGCGGGGCCGCCGGGCACGGGGAAGACGGCGGUCGCGGUGGCGAUCGUGGAGGCGUGGCUGAGACAGGAUGCCGAGGCCCCGAUCCUGGUGGCAACGGGGACGCACACGGCGAAGAGCCUGAUCGCUCGGCAGCUCCGGGAGCGCGGGUACCUGCUGAGGGACCGCCGCAGGGAGGUUUUCAGGGAGAAGCAUCCCGAGAGAUCAGUGCCGGUCUUCGUGGAGACCGUGUACAUGGCCGCAGUGCCAGAUCACCGUCAGCUACCACGUGUGCUCAUUGACGAGAGCUCGCAGAUCACAGAGGCCUCCGCGCUCGUGGCGCUUGGCCGAGGCUGCGAGAAGUUGGUUCUGAUCGGGGAUCCAAAGCAGCUUGGCCCGAUAUCCCAGUUGGGCCCGUUUGGGACGGCUCGAGACUCCGAGCCGGGGCCAUACAGCCAGGAGCGCGAGAGCGCGUUUGACAUGGUGCGGCUGCGGCUGGAUCGGAAGCCAGUUCAGCUGAGCGUGCAAUAUCGGAUGCACCCGACACUGUGCCAGUAUCCGUCGGAUCGGUUCUACCACGGCUCGCUGCGGAGUGCCGACGCCCUGCGGGACUCCGCGCGCUUCGAGCUGCCAGCCAACGAGUUCCUGCCAGCGCCGGUGGUCUUCGUCGACAGCGCUCGGCUGCAGGGCUCCAGCGAGGAGGAGCUGGUGUCGCUCGGCGGGGCGCGUUCUCUCCGGAACCGCGGGGAGGCGGAGCUCGUGAGCAGGGCGGUCGGCUCCCUCCUGGAGUCGGGCGUGCCGCGGGAGACUGGGCGGUGCGCGCAGCCCAGACGGUUCAAGCAGUGGCGAAGCGUCCUAGCUCGCCUGUGGGCCGAACCAAAGAAUGUCCUAAGAACCUUUUGUGGUCUGCACGAAAUGUUCUUAGGACAUUUCUGGCUGGGGCUGUCUUGUUUUAGCACAUCGGGUUUGUGUUCUAAGAAAAUUGUUUUGUUUUUCGAACGUUCUUGGGUUCUAGGAACGUUUCGUGGUAGGCCUAUAGGAAUGCCGGGACGGUCGGUCCCUGUUCAAAGACCCCCUCGCGUCGCGAACAAAACACGACAGGCGUUUCUGUCCUGGUUGUUGCUGGGCCCGAGGACCGUCAAUCAACGAGUCGGGAUGAAGAGCAGGCCCCAGGGAGUGGGUCAAGACCUCUGGGGGUGUGACGUCGGGAGUUUUGAAAGGGCUGGUUCGGGGGGGGGGGCGGUCUAUUAA